AUGAAUGAUGACCUCGAUUCAGCUGAAGCUCAUCUCAACAAGGGCGCUUCUUCCUUUCAUCAAUUGGGCUGUAAGCUGACAUGUGUCGUAGCCGCCGACGCUCUAUACCAGGCCGAAUGCACCGCCUACGAGCAGCAAAAGCGAGCCGCGAAAGACACCAAUGCCUACCACUCGCCAAUAUACCCUCCAGGAACCGAAUAUGCAGUAUGCCAGGCAGAGGCACAAUUGAUGGCCGCGGUGGUUGGGCUUUUGAACGAGAGCUUGACAGAGGCUAUCAAGAGUUUCUACAAGCUGAGGAAGGCAUACCUGGCGCUGGAAGGCAUAAUGGAGUACGAGAAGAACUUCUUGAAGCAAAAAAGUACAAGUAGUAUCAAUACGGCUGCUUCUAGCAGUUCGCAGAAGGCGGGAUUGGCAGGUUCAAAGACGGGGUCUUUGCGCUCGAAAACGUCGGCUAGUGGGAUGAAGACUGGUGCAUCUGCCCAUGCUUCAACUGCGAGUCUGAAGCAAACUCCAGAGCCUGUGUUACCAGCUACUGCUGCUCCAACAGAAAGGACUGCAGGCAACGGAGACAACACUGAGGACUUUGAUUUCGUGCAUGCUGCUGAGGACAAGAGCGGAAACGUGACGCCAGGGGAACACAUGGCAAACAUCAAUGUCCCUGCUGGCAAGGAUGGCUCUAUUGCGCUGGACAACUCGCAGAAAAAGCUUGAUCUUAACUCCAGUUCAGCAAGUGGCCUGCCCGCCUCAAACGAUACCCCGACCGUCGCCGUUCCAGACACCAUAGAAGACUUUGAGAAGCUCACAAUGAGCGAUAAUCCCGAGUUGGACAUCUCAACGUUUAGCGAACAUCCCGUGGACAGAUUCAUUCUCGCAGGUUCAAACUUCUGCUUCGGCAUGCUUCUGCUGCUUCUGUCAUUCGUACCCCCGGCAUUCUCUUCUUUGCUGAAGAUUGUAGGCUUCAAGGGCGACCGAGAGCGUGGUAUGCAGAUGCUUUGGCAAGCUACCAAGUUCCACGAUAUACAUGGUGCCAUGGCUGGUGUCGUGCUCAUGGGUUAUUUGAACGGCUUCACAAGCAUUUGUGACAUUAUCCCAUCUUCUGGUGACGGAUCAUAUCCCAAGGAGCGGUGCAAGGCGCUGCUGCGCGUGAUGCGCGAGCGGUACCCGAAGAGCCAUCUCUGGCUUCUCGAAGAGUCGCGCAUGACAGCUGCAGACUGCGAAUUGGAGAAGGCUGUCCUCAUUAUUGAAGAAGCGGGCCAGUCACAAUUGAGACAACUCGAGGCGCUCAGCUGGUUCGAGAGCAGUUUGGAUAACAUGUAUAUGCAUGAUUACAAGGCCACCGCAAUCGCUUUCCAGAAGUGUGUCGAACUCAACAACUGGAGCCAUGCCUUGUACUGGUAUAUUUGCGGCGCCGCCUAUGUUGAACUCUAUCGUCGAAACAAGGCGACCGACCCAGAGGCUGCGACAAAGUACGCAGCUGAAGCAAAGAAGUUCUUUGAGAACGUCUUGCCAAACAUUGGCAAGAAGAGGUUCAUGGGUCGCCAACUGCCAUUUGACAUUUUCGUCAACCGCAAGCUCCAGAAAUGGGAGGCCCGAGCCAAGGAGUGGAACUGCGACAUGAUUGAUGCCAUCGGUGUCUCUCCCAUCGAAGAGAUGAUCUACUUCUGGAACGGCACCAAGCGCAUGAAGGACCACCAUCUCGAGACAUCUCUCGAAAACCUGGCAUGGAGCGAGUCUGCCGACAACCCGCACUGGGAGAAGGAGGGUCUGGACGAGAAGUCGAUUCUGGCGGUCCUCCGCGCGUCUGCGUAUAGGAACAUGAACAGAACUACAGAGGCCAAGGCGAUCCUGGAGAAGGAAAUCAUUCCUCAGGAUAAGUUGCUGUUCAAGGGCCACUUGAAGGAUAACUGGACCGCGCCUUGUGCACGCUAUGAGAUGGCUGCUAAUCUCUGGAGAGAGGCUGAUGUGGAUGGCCAACCGGCGCAGCACAUGGAAACUCUGAAUAAGUGCAGAGAUUGGCUUCAGGAGGUCACGCAAUGGGAUGGCUUCGAUUUAGAUGCUAGGUUCGUGCUCUCUUUGUUUCUAUGA